AUGUGGCGUCCCGUGAGGAGCAUGCUUCCACACAACAAAAAGUCGGCCUGUAUUUACGCGAUGCAAAACACUUUGGGGUUUGUGCACACCAAGAUUUUCCGGGUGGAUGCGGAUAUCCAUACCGUCAUCAUCAGGACCAGCUCGCCGUGGCUGAUGCGAGCAAUGACGGGAGGUCUUGAGCUCUAUAAUUAUGGCUGCCACUUGCCUUGGCUGGAAGGGCAUCAGCUGCUGUACUUGCAAGACUUGCGAAGGCUGGUGGGCCUCAUGCAAUCCAUGACGGAUCACGGGACGAAUCCCCUCAAGUUCAGGUUUUGGUGCGUUGAGCCGGAAGCCAACAGAGAGGCCAUUGAGCUUGCAAUGCGGGUCUAUAACGGCUCGAGGAGUACUCAGAAUUAA